AUGGGUGGUUUAGAUCUUGAUGCAUGUAUCUCUCAGUUACUUCAAAAACAAUUAUUGGCGGAAUCUCUUCUCAAGGAAAUAUGUGAGAAAACCAAAGAAUUGCUAAUGCGUGAAAGUAACGUAGUUCAUAUUUCAGCUCCUGUGACAGUUGUUGGCGAUAUUCAUGGACAAUUUUAUGAUUUGAUAGAAAUAUUUCGGAUUGGUGGUUAUUGUCCACACACAAAUUAUCUUUUCCUCGGCGAUUACGUAGAUCGAGGACUAUUUAGCGUGGAAACUAUAUCUUUGUUGACUUGUCUCAAAUUACGAUAUCCUGAAAGAGUUCAACUUGUUAGAGGAAAUCAUGAAUCUAGAGCUGUAACUCAAACAUAUGGAUUUUAUACAGAAUGUAUUAGAAAAUAUGGAUCCACUAAUGUUUGGCAUUACUUUACUGACAUGUUUGAUUUUCUUACAUUAUCAGUUGUAAUUGAUAAUCAAAUAUUUUGUGUACACGGUGCAGGAUAUACUUUUGGUGGGCAAGUUGUAAGAAAAUUCUUGGAGAUAAAUCAAAUGGGUCAUAUUUUACGUGCUCACCAAUUAUGUAUGGAAGGAUUUCAGGUUCUUUAUGAUGAUCUUUUAUCAACAGUAUGGUCAGCUCCAAAUUAUUGUUAUCGUUGUGGUAAUAUGGCUUCGAUUUUGGAAGUUGGUGUUGAAGGACAACGAUUUUUUAAUGUUUUUGAAGCUGCACCAGAGAAUGAUAGAGAUGGAUAA